AUGUCAUACUACGUCAAGCAUGUUUUCCGUUCGUCUCUUUUACUCUUACAAGGCGUCGCUGUUCGCCCGCCAUUCUCUCGUCGCCAUCUUGAACAUUCCUUGUGCUCGAGUUCGUUGCGUAGUGCAUUUAAAAUCAUAAAUUUUCACAAUUCUUUAAAAAAAGUAAAAUAUGGCGCGUACAAAGCAAACUGCCCUACUGGGGGGGUCAAGAAGCCCCAUCGUUACCGUCCUGGUACAGUCGCUCUUCGUGAAAUUCGUCGUUACCAGAAAUCCACUGAAUUGCUCAUCCGUAAGCUGCCUUUCCAACGACUUGUAAGAGAAAUCGCUCAAGAUUUCAAGACUGAUCUUCGUUUCCAGUCUGCCGCCAUUGGUGCUUUACAGGAAGCGAGCGAAGCCUACCUCGUAGGUCUAUUUGAAGACACAAACUUAUGCGCCAUCCAUGCCAAGCGGGUCACCAUUAUGCCUAAAGACAUCCAGUUGGCCAGACGAAUCCGUGGUGAACGUGCUUAA